AUGUUCAUCUAUAACCACCGCACCGAGCUGCUGGAGGCGGCUCUUCAGCCGACGCAGACGCUAGAAUGCAAAUCAUGGAGAACAGACACCUACGAGAUCGCCGAACUGCUGCUCGAAUCGCUGCGGGUUACUGCCGACGACUUGAUGUCUGAAGACGGGGGCACGGCAAGAGAGACCUUCAACGCUCACAGUCGCGGGCAUGACCGUGGUCCCAAGCCCGGUUCGCCGGGCACAGCUGGGCGGGCCUCGGGCGGUCGGGAACGGAGCGAAGGGAGAGUAUGA